AUGUCUUCUAUUCGGCUACGCAUCGACGGUCGCAUAUUCCGCGAUCCUCAGAACCGCGAAGUCACCCUGCACGGCAUCAACUGCGCGGCAGACGCCAAGUUCCCUGCAAAGCCAGAUCAACCAUCACACAUACCGGACAACUUCUUCGACGGCGAUAACGUUUCCUUCGUCAAUCGGCCAUUCUCCCUAGAAGACUCGGCCACCCACUUCUCGCGUUUACGUAGUUGGGGCUACAACACCAUUCGCUAUGUCUUCACUUGGGAAGCCAUAGAGCACGCGGGUCCAGGAAAGUACGACGAGGACUGGAUAGAUCACACCAUCUGUCUACUGCGCAAGGCAAAAGAAUAUGGCUUCUACAUCUUCAUGGAUCCCCACCAGGAUGUCUGGUCACGCUUCUCUGGAGGCUCUGGUGCGCCCAUGUGGACUCUCUAUGCUUGCGGGCUGGACCCCGAGCACUUCGCCGUUACCGAAGCCGCCCUUGUACACAACACAUACCCCGAUCCUGCCACAUUCCCUAAGAUGAUCUGGACUACCAACUACACACGAUUAGUAAAUCAAGUCAUGUGGACACUCUUUUUUGGUGGCAGGGAUUUUGCGCCCAAGGCUAUCAUGGACGGCAAGAAUAUCCAGGACUAUCUGCAGGAGCACUAUAUCGGAGCAUGCGAGCAUCUCGCCAAGCGGAUACAACAGGCCGAUGACUUAUGGCAUGAUCCAGUCAUCGGAUGGGAAAGCAUGAAUGAGCCCAACAGAGGCCUCAUCAGCUACCAGGAUAUUACCCAGAUCCCCAGUGAACAGAAACUGCAAAAGGGUACUUCACCGACUGCUUGGCAGGCGAUACUUACCGGAUCGGGUAGAGCUUGCGAGAUCGCAACUUGGGAGUUUGGUGGUUUAGGACCCUACAAGAGCGGUUCGGUAUUGGUAGACCCCGAAGGCACAAUAGCGUGGCUAUCAAAAGACUACGACGACACCAAAUACGGCUGGAAACGCGAUCCGGGCUGGAAGUUGGGCGAGUGCUUGUGGGCGCAACACGGUGUCUGGGACCCAGCGACUGAUACUGUUCUGAAGAAGGACUACUUCGGAAUUGAUCCUAAGAAUGGAGCCAAGAUUGAUUACGAGUACUUUACGAACCACUACUGGCUACCGCACUAUCGCGCGUACAGCCAGAUGGUCAAGUCGAUAUUCCCAGACUCUCUAAUGUUCUUCCAGCCUCCAGUACUGGAGAUACCACCGACUGUCAAGGGCACAGAAGAUGACGAUCCUAACAUGAUCUUCUCACCGCACUUCUACGAUGGAAUUACUUUAAUCACUAAGAAAUGGAAUCGCGUAUGGAACGUCGACGUUUUUGGUGUUCUGCGAGGGAAGUAUCUAACGCCAGCGUUCGCCAUCAAGAUUGGAGAGAAUGCCAUCAGGAACUGUUUCUCGCACCAGCUCAAGGCAAUCCGCGACGAGGGUACAGAGUACAUGGGAGUUCAUCCUUGCAUCUUCACAGAGAUCGGCAUUCCAUAUGACAUGGAUGAUAAAUACGCGUACAAGACUGGCAACUACAGCAGCCAGAUAGCAGCGCUGGACGCGAACCAUUUUGCCCUUGAAGACAGUAAAGCUAACGGUUUCGCAUUGUGGACAUACGUUGCAAAUAACUGCCAUUACUGGGGCGAUCUUUGGAACGGUGAGGACUUGUCCAUCUACUCAGUAGACGACAAAGCUGUACCAGCCGGUGCCUUCUCACCAGCCGACUCUCGUGCAUCACUAGACACCAAUUCACCUACUUACUCAAGGGCGCAAUCGACCGACACCCUGAGCAUCAGUCCUUCCAACCUGCAGAAGACCAUCACGCCAGAACGAAUGAGUUCCAAGAAGGAUGAAGGCGAUGUCCGUGGUCUACGCGCAGCAGAAGCUUUUAUCCGUCCUACUCCUGUUGCAGUUCACGGAGACAUCUCAUCCUAUGGGUUUGAUCUCAAGAACUGCACGUUCAAGCUUGCGCUCGCUGCGCCAAGCUCGACAGCAGAAGAAUUCCCUACGAUCUGUUACCUCCCUGAGUUCCACUUUCCGUCGGGACAAACCAGCGUCGAAGUCAGCGGCGGCAAGUGGACCAUCGCAUCUGAGGAGACAAAUGGUGCAUUGCAGCAGACACUGCGGUGGUGGCAUGCAGAAGGCGAUCAACUCAUCACGGUCAAAGGUGUCGUGCGAAAGGCAGGUAGCGCAUUAGGCACAGAAGAGGAUGAAGGCGCCAACGGAGACUCGGACCUGUCCCAGAUACUAGAGGCGCUGCAGGCCAUCUACGCAAAAGACUCGACCAAUGAUACCCGCCGACAGGCAACCGAAUACCUCGAGCAAGCAAAACGGCACCCCGAAGCGCCUUCCCAUGGCCACACGCUCGCCCUUGAUCGCUCGCAGCCCGUGCCCCUCCGCUACUAUGGCCUUACCAUGUUGGAGUACUCGAUGAAGUACAGCUGGGAAGAUCUCACAAUGGACCAGGGAACUGUGUUGAGGGGCUAUGCGAUCGACCUUGCACAGAAUGUGUCCGAAAGCGAGCCCGUCUUCAUCAGGAACAAGAUCGCGCAGCUGUGGACAGAGGUUGCGAAGCGCAGCUGGGGUGCAGAGUGGCUGGAUAUGGACCGGCUGCUCGUCUCACUGUGGUCGACUUCGCUGCACCACCAGGCUGUCGUCUUAUACAUCUUGGAAACGCUUUCCGAGGAGGUUUUCAACCGUGAAGACGCUACGGCAGGCCUUCGAGGAAGCGACUUGGGACGAGCAUGUGUCGAGAUUUUCACACCGCUCUCUGUCAUACAAGAACAACUCCCUACACGCGAGAAGAGUCUUGAAGUGCGGUGUGGGGACGAAGGGUGGCUGAGAAGGCUAUGCGAUAAUUUGGGAUGGUGCUUGGGACAGGAUUACCAGAAUCAAGAGGCUGUUAAAGCGAACGCGAUCAAGACUAUGCAUGCGCUAAAGGCGGCUAUGCCAUGGAUUAUGCCCAAGGCCAUUGCUGCGACACAAGUCAUCGAGGCCGUCUGUAAGGCGCUGGCUACCCCAGCCGUGGAGAUGCAAAUCGCCGCCGUCGAGACUCUCCAAGCCAUCUACAACCGAACCCACCUACACGACGACGAGUUUGUAGAGCUUGUAUGCCCCAUGUUCACACCUGGCAGUGUUUCACUCCUGCGAGAAGUAUACAAUUGGACACUCACGGACAUGGAUGUGAAUGACAUAGAUGAUCAGAAAUAUAUGCUCUGCAAGAGACUUUCAGAAUUGGCAAAUAGUCUUGGACUCUUCAUCGAACAAAAACCCCAGUCGAUACCCGAUGGCAGCGAUCUAGCGGGCAUGUUUGGUUUCCUAUACGACAUUAUGCGCAACCCGAGUCUUGUCGUCUCCAUACCUGUCCUUCAUUGUUGGACCAAGUUGCUACGAUCGAGCAUUGUGCGAGACUCUGAUGUCGUCAACUCCAUGGUUGGAGGAUUACUCGAGACAUGUUGCGCUCGACUCAUCCGAUACGAAUCGUUGCCGGAAGAUACUGAAGACGUCACAUUACAGUUUCUCAACGAAGACAUUGAUACAAUCCCUGAGCGCCAUGCCUUUCUGGGUAACUACCGCAGGUUUUGCGCAGAUGUGAUUGAAGUCUUGGUUCGCAAGACGCCUGUUGAGGCAAUGGAGCAUAUCCUUGCUCAAGCAACAAACAUGCUCCAAAACCUGUACAAUGGCCAACCCACUUUCCAACGACAAACCUUCACUAAGAAUUCUCCGCAAGUUCUUCAGGUCGAUGCGCAGGUCACUGUCAUCGAAGCCGCACUCAAGGGAUACAUGAAGUGGCAGCAAGGGCAGGGCGAAGAUGCACAAGACAAUGAACGGACGCGCAACACCCUAGAAGAUUCACUCGAACAGUGGGGCAGGCAGAUCUUGCAAGCUCAGUUUGAAGACCCUGAAGUCGCAAGGAAGAUAAUUUCUUUGAUGGCAACACUCUCAACGAAAGCUCUGGGCGAUCGGCCAGGUUUCGCCCUUACUUUCCUGGAGUACAUGCUUACAAUACGGUUAGCCGAUGACACGAGCUACCCACAGUACUCUGAUUCUGUCAAAGAUCUCGAGCGCAUAUGCAGUCUCGAGAUGCAAAAACUAGCGAUGAAGUUUGCUGACGAUUUUAUGAACGUCUACGAGCAACUAGAGGCCAAGGUCAAUGAGAUGAUUAAUGACCCAACGACUGACGAACGCCAGCGUAUGGCUUACUCCGCUUUCCUUUUCAUCAUCAUACAUAGAUGUACAACUUUAGAGCGCGCCACACAAGAAGAGCGCAUGAGGCAGAUGCUCAACAGCGUCAAGGAUGCUUGGCACAAUGAUGAGUUCACCAACGCUAUCUCUUCAUUCCAAUCUUUCUGCGGCGUGUUGGGCAUGGGUCAAUUACCCGAGUUUCUAUCUGCGAACAACUUCCGUGGCGUUCAGGACUGGUCUGAUCAACAACUGCCUAGUGAUGGCCAAGCAUUGCAGGCUUCGAUACUUGAGCGUUCCCAACAUCUGCCACUGCGACUUACUAAGACGCUACUGGCAGCGUCGACGGAGAAGCUUCGCGAUGGUACUGCUGCGUAUGAGACCGCUGCGGUACUAUGGGCUGAAACUAUACCGGUGCUGCUUCCCAAUCUUCUUCAGCUUGUGAGCCAUGCGCAAGCAUUCAACGAUAUUGAAAGCAAUUGGUCACACUUACCGGUAGAAUUACAGCAGGUUAUUCGAAGAGUAUUGACAGAUCGGUUCUGGCAAGCGGGUAUAUCGACAGAGAGCAGAGAUGAUUUCUUUGCCAGAGUCAGUGGCUCCAAGUCCACGUAUGAGGGUUUCGCAUCGACAGUACGGGGCACUGUACGGCAGAUUAGGGAGAGCUCCUACUACAUUCUUUACUCACUGACACGGUUCCGAGACUUCUUCUAUGGCAUACAAGACCUGCCAGGACCGCUGAGUCAAGCACUAUUCGGUCAUGCUGGAGCUUUGACAGCACACCAUCUAUCUGUUCUGCUGACAGUAUCUACCCAUCUCAUCGAAGGUUGCCCAGCGCGGUUACGGCCACACUUCCUACCACCAAUGAUACAGGGGUUGUUCAGAGAGCUUGAUCGAAAGAUAUCUGGAGAGUGGGAUGAGGUUGCCCGACAAGUGGCGGAGUCAGGGGACAAUGACAACUUGACGGACGAGAUGAAGACGGAGAGCAUACUACGUCAGCUCACAUAUUCGUCUGUCUCGCUUGUCGCUGUCCUGCUCGAUUCGAGACAGGAAUUUGCCCGUCACGAUGAGCACGGCCGGAAAGAAGCCAACGCACCGCCCAUGUGCGACUUUAUUCUCGCAACUCCCGCAGUUCUCGAACCCAUCCUCCUCUUCUGCAACUCAACUAUCCGUGUUCGAGAUACCAGGUCUGUGGUCACCAUCGUCCGUGUGAUGCGCACCCUGCUUCUACAGUUCAAAGAAAAAUCUCCCAUCCGCGAUUACUUUUGCAACGACAUACUCAAGUCAGCUAUCACAUCCCUCCACGAGCCCUACUUUGUGGAUUGUCAGAAAGAGCUUGCUUCCCUUAUCGCCGGCAUCAUUCACCUGGAUGAAGACAUACCGCGCUCGAUCAUCCUGUCCUUACCCGGCAUGGGUGACCAAUACCGUGUCGAUCGCCGACUUGCAAAGCUUCGCAACGCCAACAGGUCUGACGAACGUAUGCAACGCAGCAUCGUGCUCGAUCUCUUGAGUAGUAUCAAAGGUGUCAGUAUUCACGAGCAAGGCAAGAUUCAGAGACCAAAGGCCAAGCCUAGGACGGCCAUGAUGGAGCAGUACAUGAGCGUAGAUCAGCAACCAACUAUAGUCAGAGGAACUUCUCCAGGCCUGGCAGGAGUGGCAGAUAUGUUUGGAGAGUCGUAA